GACUGCAUUUCUCCCCGUUCGUCGAUGCACCACUACACUUCUCCCCGAGCCCCACCGACCACAAGUUCACCCACAACACGUCGGCCACCACUCACCAGCAGAUCGCGCUCCCACCAUUUCAAACCGGCCAGAAGCCGUUAGGAACUUUCGAAUCUGGGCUCUCGGCGCCGAUUGGUGCUCGUAUCCACGACGCACAUUCCCCUGCGACCAGGCGCCGACUGAAAUGAUUUCUCCGCGUGUGACGGUCACUUCAUGUGGGCCAGUACUCCUCAAGAAGUAGGUACAUCUUCAUUUGGAAGGAGGCGAUAAUCAGAUAACUGUUCAUCCGUUAUCACUCAAGAUCAUCUCGAAGCUGCUCCAAGACAAGCAAAUGAACUUGAAUAUGCAAAAAAAGUAUUAAAUCAACAGAGACAUUUUGUUGACAGAAUUCACUGGGGAGAAAAAUUGUAUUUGCUUCUAAAUAGAAAUGUAAAAUGAAAUAAAUAUUGCCAGUAAUACACCGAAGAGUUAAUAUCAAGCACUGAAAUAUAGACUUGCAGUGGGUGUCUCUCUUCUCACUCCUCAGAGAAAAUUUAGAUAAAUAGAGAGUUCAGACUUUACAAAUAUGGCAAAAGUAGGUCAACAAUGGUUAAACUUGCCUCAGGAUAUAUUGUUGGAAGUAUUUAGAUAUCUGACAUUUGAGGAAAAGGCUAAUGUUCGUGCAACUUGCAAGUAUUUACAACAACUGAUUGACCAUCCUACUUUAUGGCUGAACAGAACAAUUGUCCUAAAAAGUUUACAAAGCUGUAACUCGUGUUUUUGGACUACACUGAGAAAGAGGAGAAUAAGAUGUUUGGUGAUUAGGGAAGCAACACCGAAGCAGUUGCAGAAGAUGGUGAAUUUAAUUCCAAACCUGGCAGCUGUUUCUAUGGAUGUGAAAAUGAACGUGGAAAGGCUACGUGCUCUGAGACCACUGGCAAACUUACGCAAACUACAGCUGAGUAAUAGUUCAUUAAUACUAGACCAAGAUCUGCUGAGGGAGGUGGCUACCUUCAAACAAUUGACAACCUUGGUUUUAUGUUCUUUUGUGUAUGGCCACAGCAGUUCUCUGUGCUUCCUUGCGGAAUUAAAAAAGUUGCAAUCUUUGACACUUCAUGUGAGGCAGAAGAGCCCUCCUUUGGCAUCAGUUCAGUAUAUUUUGUUUCGGUUGCCAAAACUGAGAGAACUAUCAUUGAGUUCAGUGGACACAUGGGAGAAUUUAUCAUUGUGUUUUACAGCACCAGAAAUGAAGACUUCUGAAGAGGCAGAUGUUUUAGAGCCACACUGCAUUUCACAGCUUCGGUUGGAGAAGCUGAGCCUUCUGAAUAGCGCAAGUGGUCCACUGUCCAGGAAAGCUCUCAAGCAACUUUCAAAUGUUCAUAGCCUUUCUGUGAACCUUACCAGGUCCUGUGUUUCACUGAACUCCAAUUUUGUGCAUAGCAUGCUGGAGAACCUGCCAAAUAUUACUGAAUUAGAACUGUCCUGGAAUGGACCUUUUGCUGACUUUGUGAACAUUUUACCUUCGGACCUUAUAAGAAUCGAUUUGAUAAAUGCAAGACUUUCAAAUGUCGAUGUGCAGCUUCUCUCUGAUUCUUCAGGAAAAACUCUUAAACACCUAAGCUUGGUGCUCUGCAGUGGUAUUACUGAAACAAUGUUAAAGCGUCUGCCCAAACAGUUUCCUUUCUUGCAGACCCUUGACCUUAGUGGAUAUAGGUUGCUGAAUCAAGAAAUUUUGUUUGGCUUAGUGGAAAUGGCAUUUCUAAAGGAAAUCGUAAUUUCAAACAAUCCACAUCUAACGGACACAAUAAAGCAAUUUCGGACUUUAACUGACAGCAGAGUGCACGUGACUCACGAGAGCAAAAGAAAUCACAAUGAAUGUGAUUGCCUAUUUUAUUCUCAGUUCUUGAGUUGAUGAAUGAGAGGAUAUUUUUGGACAUAAAGACGUAAGCUUGGUUGAGCAUUGAAAAAGGCACGGAGUAAUCGAGAUGGGACUGGCUUGACAACUUUGAUUCUAAAUCUCUAGGUGCACUUGAGGCAAUAGAGCAAAAUUCACAGAAUAAGAGUGAUAAACAGAAAAUUUCAAGUAAGAAAAUGUCAUUUGGAUUAAGUUAGUGAAACAAGAUUUGAAGUUGUAUAAUGUAUCUGUUAGUAUUCUAAAUCAAGUAUACUUUUCGAGGAAGACAAAAUCUUGCUCAAAGUACUUGUGUUGCAUUCUGAUGUCGAACCCCAAGUGUAUAUUAGGACCAUAUGUUUCUCAUUAGAAAAGCAAGUUGUCAGAUUUUAUCAUGAUGUUGUUCAUGUUUAUGAAUAGGGUACUUUAAUUUGAUGUAAAUAAGAUUGAUAACAUUUCGUGGAGAGUAUUCGUAAAGAUUGUGUAGGAAGAAAAAUCUGAAGAUUGUUUAUUUAUCAGUAAGAAGACCAAAGAGGUAUUUUUUGUUCCGCACAAGGAACAGUAAGAGAGACUAUAUGAAUUUUAUUAUAUCAUGUUUUUAACAGAGUUUAGACUUGUUUAUUCCUUGUGGUGCUUCUAAUGUUCAUUGUCAUACAUUGAAGUGAUGGAUAGAUGGAGGAUUAAAUAGAGUUUGAUGACUAACAAAAUGGCUUGAUGUUUAUCUUAACUUUUUUUCUGCAAACUGGUCAAUGGCAAUUUUGAAUGCCACAGGUUAUUUAGUUUCAUUCAUUAAUGUGACCACAUUUUAAUAUUGUAAGAUAGUUUUAAAAGGACAUCUUACAGAUGUAGCUGCAGGGAGCUUCAGGAUACAAGCUUGUAUUACUUCCCAGUUUUUCAGUUCUUGACAUCAGGCAUUCAACGUCUAUUAAGGCACAGUUCAGAGAUUGUGCCAUAUAUGAAAAAAGCU